CUUCAUCAAUGGUUCCAUGAUAUUGUUGUCCAAAUAUUAAUUAUGUUCGAGUAUUAAAUAACCGAGAAAAUGGCCGGGAAAUGUAAAUUUCAAGACAAGUGGCUACUAGAUCCCGAGUUUUCAAAGUGGAUCGGACGAGGCAGUAACGACACUGAAGCAAAAUGCAAGUUUUGAAUAAAAACGUUCGGGAUUCAAAAUAUGGGAGUUUCAGCACUAAGGAGUCAUAUGAAGUCGAAGAAACACCAAAAUGCAGAAUAUGGAAGAACUGAUAGAGAAGACUGUGCCAUCAUCCAUCCGAUACAGAGAAGAUUUACAGCUCUCUGAGGCAAUCAGUGAGCCUGAUUUGUUAAGCAGACUAAGACAAAUCUCUAAGGGAAACCAGAUAUGGCGAUCAUACAUUGGAAUGGGUUAUUACAGCUGCCAUGUCCCAACAACUAUUUUACGGAACAUCCUUGAGAACCCUGGAUGGACCACACCCUAUACCCCCUACCAGCCAGAACUGGCACAAGGACGUCUAGAAUCUCUGCUCAAUUUCCAGACAAUGGUCAGUGACCUGACUGGGCUGGAUAUCGCCAAUGCAUCUCUCCUAGACGAAGCUACUGCUGCAGCUGAAGCCAUGGCUUUGUGUUACAGAUACAACAAGAGGGCCAAGUUCUUUGUGGAUCGUAAUUGCCAUCCCCAGUUAAUAUCUGUUGUACAGACAAGGGCAAGUACCCUUGGCCCUGAAGGUAAUGGUAUAGAAAUCAUAAUAGGUGACAAAAACAGUUUUGAUUUCUCCAACAAAAACAUCAGUGGUGUACUGUUCCAGUACCCAGACACUAACGGAUCCAUUGAUGACUUCUCUGGACUUGUCGAGAGGGCACACGAAUCAAAGGCCCUUGCGGUGUGUGCAACAGAUCUAUUAGCUUUGACAGUUCUCAGGCCUCCUGGAGAGUUUGGCUGUGAUGUGGCUGUUGGGAGCACCCAGAGAUUUGGAGUUCCAUUAGGUUACGGAGGGCCACAUGCUGGGUUCUUUGCAAUUCGUGACAUGGGAAAUCUCAAGAGAAUGAUGCCUGGUAGAAUGGUGGGGGUUACAAAGGAUGCACAUGGCAAGCCAUGCUAUCGACUGGCCCUCCAGACAAGAGAGCAACACAUCAAAAGAGAUAAAGCCACAAGUAACAUCUGCACAGCACAGGCUCUUCUUGCUAACAUGUCAGCAAUGUAUGCAGUGUACCAUGGUCCUAAGGGACUCAGGAAUAUAGCCCUGCGGGUACACAAUGCCACUCUUCUUCUAGCAGAAGGAAUAAAGCAAGCAGGCCACACUGUUGAUGAGGCCCAUCCCUUUUUUGACACUCUAAAGGUUACAAGUAAAACAGGAAAUGUAUCAGACAUGAUAGCAAGGGCAGCAGAACGAAAAAUCAACCUAAGAAAAUACAGCGAUGAUAAAGUUGGUGUUUCAUUGGAUGAAACGGUAAAGGAGCAAGAUCUAGAUGACUUACUGUGGGUGUUUGGCUGUGAUUCGAAAGCAGCUGAAGUCGGUACACAUUUAGCUGAAGUUCCCCAUAAAAGCCUACUCAAUAGCCCCUUUAAAAGGCUUAGCAGCUUCUUGACCCAUCCAGUCUUCAACACACAUCAUGCAGAAACUAACGUUGUGCGUUACAUGAAGCUGCUGGAAAACAAAGACAUCUCCCUCGUCCACUCAAUGAUACCUCUAGGAUCUUGUACAAUGAAGCUGAACAGUACAACGGAGAUGAUGCCGAUUACUUGGCCUCGCUUUGCGGACAUUCAUCCUUAUGCUCCAAUUCAACAAGCAAAGGGAUACUUACAACUGUAUGAUGAGUUUGAGAAAGACUUUUGCGAGAUCACAGGCUUUGACGCCGUCUGCUUCCAGCCAAACAGUGGUGCCCAGGGAGAGUAUACAGGGCUGCGCGUUAUCAAGGCGUACCUUGAAAAUAAUGGACAGGGGCACAGAAAGGUGUGUUUGAUCCCAGUCUCGGCUCACGGUACCAAUCCUGCAAGCGCACAAAUGGCUGGAUUUAAUGUGCAAGUGAUCAAAGUCGGGAAAAGUGGAGAUAUAGACAUGGAGGAUUUGAAGAAGCAGGUUGAGAAGUUUAGUGACGAGUUAGCGUGCAUCAUGGUCACUUAUCCAUCUACGAACGGAAUCUUCGAAGCAGGAAUCAGGGAUAUCUGCGACAUUGUUCACUACCAUGGCGGCCAGGUAUACUUGGAUGGAGCAAAUCUGAAUGCGCAAGUCGGCCUGUGUCGUCCAGCGGACUAUGGCGCUGAUGUCAUGCACAGUAACUUGCACAAGACGUUCUGCAUCCCACAUGGAGGUGGUGGACCGGGAAUGGGACCUAUUGGAGUGAAGAAGCAUCUCAUCCCAUAUCUCCCCUCCCAUCCUGUCGUUCCACCCCAGAGUACCAUCGCUGCUGGCGCCAAGCCUUUCGGAGUAAUCUCCGGGGCCCCUUAUGGCUCUAGUGCUAUCUUGCCCAUAUCCUGGGCUUACAUCAAGCUUAUGGGAGGCAAGGGACUCCGCAAAGCAACCGAGGUCGCGAUUCUCAAUGCUAAUUACAUGGCUGCCAGGCUGAAGGAUUAUUAUGCUGUGUUAUUUGUUGGCGAUGGUUACUGUGCCCAUGAGUUCAUCCUCGACGCUAAAGACUACAAGAAAACUGGUGUAGAAGCCAUGGAUAUCGCCAAGAGGCUGCAGGAUUAUGGUUUCCAUGCACCAACUGUCUCGUGGCCCGUGUCAACUGCAUUGAUGAUAGAACCAACCGAGAGUGAGAGCAAAGCGGAGCUGGACAGACUUUGUGAUGCCCUCAUCUGUAUAAGAGAGGAGAUUCGUAACAUUGAAGACGGAGUAUGGGAUCCUAAAAAUAACCCUCUAAAGGUAGGCUUUAUCCUAUUGUUUUUUAAC